AUUCUGGGUUGAAGAUCAAGCUUCAACGUUUUGAAGACAAAAACUAUCGAUUCUCCCCAAAAAACAAAGAAGAAAAAAAAAAGGGCCAAAUACAAUAUCGUCGUUCGUUUCGGUCCCUUUGAUUCCAUGUUCGCCGUCGAUGGCUCUGUUUCUCAGACCAACAGUAUUCUCUUUACGUCCAACACCCACUUCGAAAUCCGUGAAAGUGGCUUACAGUAUGAAACCUUCGUUCACCUCUUCCUCAUCAGAUAAGAGUAAAUUGCCGAUAUUGCUCUUCGAUGUAAUGGGUACCAUAGUCCAUGAUCCUUUCUACGAAGAUGUACCCGCUUUCUUCCGAAUGACUUUGAAAGAACUAAUAGAGUGCAAGCACCCGACUGCAUGGAUUCAGUUUGAAGAGGGGCGGAUUAAUGAGAUGGAGCUAGCUGGAAAAUUCUUCAAAGAUGGAAGGUCAUUUGACAUGGAGGGUAGGAGGGCCAUACUUUACUUGAGAUAUCUUUAGAGAUCAGUCUUUUAGUGAUAGUGAACUUUCCCCCUAUAAAGCACAUUGUUUUCAUCAAAAUUUAGAAUAUGACUUAACAAGAAUAUUUAUCUGAAUAUUACAGUAAUUACAAUAAUCUUGUGACAGUAUGUUCUAUGAAUAUAUGAAAAUUUGAUACUAAUAAAAAAGAAAAAGGAGAAAAAAGAAGAAGAGCAUAUAUAGGGGAGAAGGAGAUUUGCAAUGCAUUUCAUUAUAAAACAUGUAUAACUUCUUUUUCCUUGAGCACCCUAUAUGCCUAUAUUGUAUUUCCUUGUUCACCUAAAUACUGUUCAAGUUAUUGAUUUAUGUGGUAAGAAAACUGUAGUGCAGAUAGCAUUCGAUAUA